UACAGGCAUGAGCCACUGCACCUGGCCUUUGCUGACUACUUUGAUGAGAAUUUGAAAUAAUUCUAUUAGCUGCUAGGUGUGAUUUAUACAAAUUAGAAGCUGUUAAACAAGUUGAAUUUCAGUGAUAGAGAGACUAACAGCCAUUGGGAAUUUUGGGGGUUUUGUUAGUCUCUAUUUUCCAAAACAGAAGAUACCUGGGAAAGAGUAUUUAAGCAGCCUAAAAUGGCAAGUGAAGUGCUUUAAAAGUCACUGAUAAUUUUAACUUUAUUAAACCUCUUUGGUACCAUUCUUCCCCACUGUCCUAAUCAAUCAAGAAUUUCCACAAGUUUUAAUUAUGUCAAUUUAAAUAGUUAAAUUCAGACAAUAAUGAAAGCAUUCUUAAAGCCAUAUGUUACAAUGUGAAAGUGUAAGGAAGGGAGAAGAAAAAAAAUUAACACGUUAAUUCUUAAAAGAAUGUUAUCACAUAUUUAGAUACAUAUUAAAAAUAUGGAUUCUAAGGAUCACAGUCAUUUUUGAGAGAGAGCGCCAAAUCCUAACCACUAGACCACCAGGGAGCAACAUUUUUGAAUUUGAGAGUUGUCAAAUCUGUUAGUGGACAUUAAGAGUAGGUAAAAAGAAUUAUUAGUUACUUCUUCUGACUCUUCAGAAUCAGACAGUGCUUCUAUUGUGACAUCAGGAUGGGAGUUCCCAUUCACAGUCAUCCUGGCAAUAGGCUGUAGUUCUUUAAUUAUUUGGGGGGAGAAGGGAUUCAGCCCCUUAUUUUUUUCUAGGAUAUGAAAGAGCCUGUGUUAUGGCUCUUACAGCUUUGGGCCUGGUUGGGAAGCCUAAUGUGCAGAUCCUAGAAGGCUCCAUUCUUGAGCCUAUGUACUAUAUGCUGGAAUUUAUUAUCAAUGACUUAAUUUGGGGGCAACUUGAAGACUUCUGUGUUUUAAGAAAAAAGAAAAAUAAGAGUCUAAACUUCUAGUUCCUCCUCCAAAUUGGAAUUCAGGAGCCAUGGUCCUGUUUCCUCUGAUUUGUCAAGAGAGACAGUCUUGUCAUAACAAAUUACAUUCUAGCUCUGAGGAGUUCAACUAAGAAUUUUUUCUUCAUUAAGAGUAACUGGACUACUACAGAAUGACUACAGAAGUAAUAUUACAUUAUCGAUCAUAUGAGAGUGAUCCCACACAACUGCUAAAAAUUGCAGAAAAGGCAAUUCAGGACUUUCCUACUCGCCCGCUAUCAAGAUUUAUUCCUUGGUUUCCACAUGAUGGAUCUAAGCUUCCACUCAAACCUAACAAAUCACCACCUGUGAUUUCUGGAGAGGCAGCUGAAGAUGUGAAACAGUAUUUAACCAUUUCAGAACAUGAUGUUAAAUCACAGAGUUAUGAUUGCACAGUAGAUCUACUGGAGUUUCAACCUAGUUUGAAAAAGCAGUGCCUAAUCUGGUCACAUACAGUGAAUGAACACACUAAUUCUGGAAAUCUGGAUAAACAAUCAGAAAAAGGGAAACAGCACAACGGGAGGUCUUGGAGUGUUUCACUUCCUAACAGUACCUGUACAGAAAAUGUUUUUCCUUUGUCCAAAAAGUUGCAAGAUAGUUUAAAGGCACUAAAUUUGCACUCAUUUUAUAGAGCAAGAUGGACAAUAGAACACACUAUUUGUAACAACCAAACUCUGGAGGACAUUUGGGCAAAACUCAAUCAAAUUAUCAGGCACAAUGAACUUCCUUCUUGUAAUGCUACAAUUCAGAGACAUUUAGGCCAAAUCUGGGUGUUCUGUGAUGUUAAGUAUUGUGAAUAUGUGGGAAAUCUUCUUAAAGGAAGAUUAGCACUUACUGGAAAAAUUAAUUUAUUUGUGCAUAAAUACGGUGUUAUUUUUAGUAUGUAAUGAAUUCCACUGAUUGUCAAAAAGAAGAAUAUUCUCAAUGAACUGAGUAUAGACUAAAAUAAAUGAAAGUUUUACUGGUUUUUAAAUUUUUAAUGACUUUAUUUUGUUAUUUGACCUUUUCUUAAUAUAGCCUAUUUAUUCUUAACAUUGUAGAAAAAUAAUGUGUGGUGAUAUGUUUGUGUCCCAGGAAUGACUAAAUAUCAGGUGAAUUCUUAGGCUUGUUAAGUAAGUCAAGAACUUUCUGGAUUCUGCUAAUAAAAGCCAUCUUUUAAAUGAAUUGUAAUAAAGUAUUGCUUAUAUUGAAUUUGUCUUUUUUUAAAAUAUUAUUUUUCUUUUUCUUUAUUUCUUUUUUUUCCCAUGUUAAAUCAAUUACAAUCAAAUUGAAUUUGAAGGUAAAAUGUUCUUUUCAUUUUGUUCUACUACUUUUCCAGUGAUUGAAUUAGAUAUUCGUAAAUAGUUUGGAUUUUGGUGAAUCCCUAAAAUCUAAUUUUACUGUAUUUUUUCUUUACUCACCUAAAGCAUAGUGAUUUCUUAAAAAAAUAAAACUCAGAACAUUUCUAUUGGCAAUGCUAUUUGAGUGGCAUGAAUGUAGUUCAAAAUGGAAGACCACCCCAGAUUCUUAAUGCUUUUUCCAAAGAUAUGUAAUAAAUAACAAUUGUGUUGUUUUGAAACAAAGGUGCAAAAAGUAUAAUUUGCCUAAGACCAUAAUGUAUCUUUAAGGCUAUAAUUUGUUUUGAAGGAAAGUUUCAAAUGUGGAUAAGAGAUCAAGUUAUUCUCUGUUAUAAUACAGUCUUAAUGAUUGUUAAUGCUCAUUAUAGCUUGGAUGAUUAUUGGAGUCAGUUGUAAGCUUCUCAUAAGCAUAAGUUAUAAAUUGGGUUUACACAUUACACAUCACCUCAUAGAAAUAUUCAAAGUGGUUAAUAGAAUAAAAGUUUUGUAAAAGCAUGUAUUUAACAAAUUUAAAUGCCUGCCUAUCUUGUGCUAGGUGCUAGGAUAUAGCAGCAAAGGAGAGAAACAUGGACCCUGUCUCACAGAGCUUAGAUGGUGUUACUACUAUUAAGUCAAAACAGCUCCCUGAGAAAAACUAGUAAGACUGUACUCAGUAGGAAGACAGAGACAUGGAGUCCACUAAUUUUUAACUAAAGCAAUAAUCUUUUCCUGAUAGGUUUCCACUUUAUCCAAACAGUUUUGUUUUUAAUUACUUCUGGUACUUUUUUGCUGUCUAAAAUGAGACUCCUGUCUAGAAAAUAAUCAUUGUAUGCAUGAAUGCUUCCAAAAGUCAUUGACUGAAAAAACACUGGAGGAUAGGGAAAUUUUCAAAACAACUUAUUUAGUAAUUCCUUCCUCUUUCACUUCAUUAAUCUUUUUACUCUUCAAUCAAGAUUACUAGAGAAACUUCAGUAUUGCCGGUGAGUUUGUAAAUUUGGUGGAUAUUAGGCAAUCAUAAAGAGUGUAUUUGAUUUUUAUUCAGGUCUUAUUCAUCACAAGGUUGCUAAUCAAAUGUUAGGUAGUCAUAAUAAAUUUUAUGAUACAGUUUUAUACUUUUGGAAUGAUUUUACACAGAACUGAAAAUAUAAGGUACAGUCAGGCAUGGAAUUCUUAUGAGCAGUUUUUUAAUCUAAGAUUCACAGGUUAAAAAGAGAUUUUUUGGGCCAGGCGCAGUGGCUCAUGCCUGUAAUC